CAUGUUUGUUCUCGACGGCAUCGGAAAGGUCACUCCCUUGUCCUGACCAACCAAAAUGUCGCUGUUCGCAAAUGUCCUAGGGUUCUCCCUCUUCGGCCUUGCAGCCAGGCUUGGCCAACUUGGAAUUCAGAAACGAAAUUUGUUUGAUAGUGCGUCAAUGUUGCUUUCAAUUUGGCAUACACGUCUCACAGCGACCAAUACAGACAUGACGGCCCAUGCAGUGUCAAUGGGUGCUUGGGGAGCCUUUGGAUACCUUGCGUGGCAGUGGGAUCAAAAGUCAAGUGGUAUCAUUGCGCAGAAGAAGCUAGAGCUAGCAGAACGCCGACAGGCUCGACAAGAGCUUGCGGAAGAGUUGGCCGCGGCGCAUAUACCAAGCGAGGGCGAGCAUUGAACAACCAGGCCUAACCUGUACGUCAGUCUUU